AAUCCAUAGCCUGGCACGUGAACUCGAACCCUUGGGUGGAUCUUGCUUGAGGACAGCUGAAACAGAGUAGGAGCGGGACUGGAGUUUAUUUCAGAGUCUUAGACCCAGGAUUGGUCUGCCCACAAACUUUCAAAGGCGCUUCAUAGAGCUACAUGCAGAAAACUACUUGCAGCUCAGGCUGUUGGAAGCAUCUUCCAGGAGAGCGUUUGCUGAAGAUGACCUUGGAAGAAAGACGCAAAGAGUACUUAAGGGAUUAUGUUGCACUGAAAAGUAUUCCAACGUGGAUGGAAGACUUAAAAAGUAAGAGUGAAAGUGAUGGUGAAAAUGCUAAAGAAGAUCUGCAAGGGAAGAAAACUCUGAGCGAGAAAGUUUCUCUCUAUAGAGGUGACAUUACACUGCUUGAGGUUGAUGCCAUCGUUAAUGCUGCUAAUUCCAGCCUUCUUGGAGGUGGAGGAGUGGAUGGCUGUAUACACAGAGCUGCUGGGCCCUGCUUAGUUGCUGAAUGCCGCAACCUGAGUGGCUGUGAGACUGGACAAGCAAAAAUUACGUGUGGAUAUGACCUACCUGCAAAGUGUAAGUGA